AGCUUCUUGGUGGCCACGCCCUUCGGAGCACAGUGCCCCCACUGCCCCCUGCCCUCUGCCCUCUCUACACACCUGCUCGUGUGUCACAGAUGCCACUGGAGCAGCAGGGGCAGCCAGCCUGACUUCCUGCCCGUCCUCCCAGAGUGUGGCCCCUGGGCCCACGUCCUCCCCCAUGUCCCCGUCCAGUGUGUCCCCAGACCCACGGGGUUCAGUAUAAUCUCAGCCUCAGCUACAGACGUGCUCCCCUCCUGUGUUUCUCACUCAGGGCACCAGCCAGACUGGGCAUCACCUGCAGCUGCUCCCCUCGUGUUCCUCACCACAUCCAGCAAGAUGCUCCUGCCCCCACCAUGCCCAAUAUCAGCCCAGGUCACCCCCGACAUCACCCACGGGCUCCCCUGGGCCAGUCCAGCCUCCGGGCCACCCCAGAGUGUCCUCUCAAAUCUGCAUCUGAGCACGUCACCCCCAUCUCUGCUGGGACCCACUGAGUGCUCAGGGCUGUGCAGACUCUCCCCAAGGAACUCCCGUGCCCCCCAGCCCCCAAACACCCCCAGGACUGCCUGAUACAAUGCUCCCGUCCCACUGGGCGUCUGCCCUUCCCGAACCUUCCUGAAACUGACCCACACACCACUGCCUCACCCAUCCUCCAAACCCCAGUCCCAGUGUCCCUCUAGGGGCACCUUUGGGCAGAAUUCAUUCCUUUGUUCCCUUUGCAGUUGGCCCUCGUGUGUCCCUGGGAACACAGCACCUCAUUCACUCAUCCAUUCAUUCAUUCAUUCACGGAUGAGCCUGCACUCCAAGAGGCCUGAAACGGGAACGUCAAAGAUGUUUUAUUCCUCUGCUCCGUUUCCAGGCCCCUGACAUUCAUGGGGUCGCAAACAAAGAAGGUCCUGCUGGCUCCCCUGAAGCAUCCCGCUCGCCCCUUCCGGGUCUCCAGCCACGACCGCAGCAGCCGGCGCGGGCUGAUGGCAGGCAGCCUGGGCGAGCUCCUCAGCAAGACCCUAGACGCCCUGAUGAUCACCAGCAGACUGGUCACUCUGGUGCUGGAGGAAGAUGGCACAGUGGUGGACACAGAGGAGUUCUUCCAGACGCUGGGGGAUAACACGCACUUCAUGGCCUUGGAGAAAGGACAGAAGUGGACGCCGGGUGGGAACUGUGUCCCAGCCCGCCAGCCGCCGAGGAGAUCGGGGAUAGCGAGGGUCACCUUGGACUUGUACAAGCUGAACCCCAGGGACGUCGUCGGCUGCCUCAACGUGAAAGCCACCAUGUACGAGAUGUACUCCGUGUCCUACGACAUCCGGUGCAUGGGGCUCAAGGCCCUGCUGAGGAGCCUGCUGCGGGUCCUGUCUCACGCCGCCCAGGUGACUGGCCAGUUUCUCGUCUACGCGGGCACAUACAUGCUCCAGGUGCUGGCUGACACGGAAGAGCAGGUGGUGGCUGGCUCGUGCUGUAGGCAGGGGGUCACAAGCGGAUAG